AUGCACCGGCACGCAGCCACCGGACAACCGACCGUUUCCGCGACCCGCGCCCCGGAUCCGCUGAAGGCCUACACGGCGCUGGGCGGCGUGCGCGGGAAACCGGCCGUGAAAAAGGACAUAUGGCACUACAGCGAUCGGCGCAGCGGCAAGGGCUACUCCGAUUUUUCGACGACCAUCUACCCGCACGGGCGCGAAUAUAUU